AGCACGGUGGCAGCCGGGCUGACGUUUGUUGACAAUCUACAACACGCGAUAUAAAAAGCGAACGGUGCCUUCUUGGAAGUCAGCGCACAUUGCACUCGUUGGCUGGGCCUUCGACAAGUCUCACUCUGUCUCGACGUCUUCUGGCAAGACCUCUAUCACCUGGUGUGACAGAGUAGAGCAUCACUGCAUCGUAGCAGCUGCCGGUCAGCCUUGCUCUUUUGCCCGAACACUUGCACCCACACUCGUUCAUCUGCAUUUGCACACAAUGAAGCAGUUUAGAUCCGCUGCCAUGGCCUCGAUGGCUCUGCUCUGCUUGCUUUCGAGCACCUUUAUCGAAUCUGCGGAAGCACUGCCUACCCGCGCAUCACAUUCGCUCAUGGCACGACGAGAGCGACUGGCCAAGCGUCAUACUCCUUCUGCCUCCCUUCAGAAGCGUGCCAGCUUUGGCGUGCAAUCGAACGCAGGCGCUAGCCCCCCUCGCACAUGGAUGGGCAAAAAGAUCGAUUCGCCUGCGUCUGUCGUCGUCAAUGCUGAGCCUGUGUCUGCCGACGUCGGCAGUGCAUAUACCGAUUAUGCGUCCGACUCGACCUUGGUGAAGCGCGCUGAGCCGCUUGCUGAGGUCUCUGCAGCAUCUGCCUCAUCUGCCAUGCCUACUCCCACUCUUGCCUUUGGCAAUUUUUCCAUUACCAACGUCUCUUCUCUACCCACUUUGACAGUCACUGAGAUCCUUGUGCCUACCAUGGUUUCGACGCAAGUCCCUGUCGGUGAUAAAAACGUCACUGAAGAGUCGAUUGCCUAUGUGCCUCAAGCGCAAAACGCAACGAGCUCCGAGAAGAUUGCUUCUGGCGUGUUUCCCGGCUCGAAUGGCGGUGUCAAGCUGAUUAGUGGCACACUCUCGAUUGCUUCAUCUUCAUCUGCCGCUCGUCCGACCGUCACUGUCAAUGUCGUCGUCACCGCCACCCAGGACUCUGCCGUCACGGAUAGCGUCACGUCGACAAAGACGAAGGAGGCCGUCGAUGCCACGAGCACGAAGCUUUCUUCCACUGGUAUCAUCAAGGUCGCACCGACCAGCAUCACUUUUAGCUCUUCUGCGCCUGCAACGUCCAGCAAACCCGAAAGCAGCGCCAGCGAAACCAAGACGAGCGCCAGCGAGACGGUGACCACCGAUAGCGAGACCAAGACGAGCGCAACCGAGGGCAAGACGAGCGCUACUGGAUCUAAGACCAGCGCAAGCGCCAGCGAGACCGCCAAGAGUGCAACGGAGUCUUCCAAGACUACCUCAUCAACGCAUAUGACAUCUGCUUCGGUCACAGCGUCGUUAGAGACGAGCAAGGCGAUGUCUGAGACUGCUAAGACUUCGUCGAGUGCCUCCUCCACCGCGCGACCCUCAUCUUCCGUCAAAUCUGAGCCGCCCUCGUCGAGUAUGUCCAAGACUUCAUCGACCGAUAAGCCAACGUCAACGAGCAAGCCAUCAGAGACGGCUUCGUCAAUGUCGAGCGCUUCGUCAUCCUCAAUGAGCAGCAUGCCCUCUGCUACUGGCUCCAUGUCCAGCUCAAUGACGAGCGCGUCGAGCACGAUGUCAAGCUCUGCGUCGUCCAGCUCGAGCGUCACGACAUCUGCUUUGCCCAGCUCUUCAGUGAUCUCUACAUCGUCCGCAGCUCCGACUUCCACGACCGUCUCUUCCUCGGCUGAACCUACUUCGACUGACUCGUCAGCCUCGAGCGCCGUAACAGACGCACCCACGUCUACUGCAUCGACGCCGUCGACGACCAGCAGCGCUGCUACAGACUGCAGCUGCACCAGCGCAUCUGCUGAGCCAUCGAUGGGCCUGCGAAGACGGGGUGUUCCCUUGCGUAUGGAAGCUCGAGCCGUUUGCGAUUGCUCCACAUCAGCAGCCUCAUCAGAUGCGGCAUCGCCAACGCCGACCGUAUUCUGAUCUGCUCGUAGUGAGCAUUGCUAACGACUUUGACGACAUUAGGGCAAGCGGGCUUAUAGGGAAGAGAGACCGAGAGAUCUGUAAGGAUAGCAGC